AGGUACGGGGAGGUCGUCAACAUCAACCUGGUGCGGGACAAGAAGACGGGCAAGUCCAAAGGGUUUUGCUUUCUGUGCUACGAGGACCAGAGGAGCACCAUCCUCGCUGUUGACAACUUCAAUGGGAUCAAGAUCAAAGGAAGGACGAUUCGAGUGGACCAUGUGGCCAACUACCGGCCCCCCAAAGACUCCGAUGACUUAGAUGACGUCACAAAAGCCCUCCAUGCAAAGGGUUGCGGGGUUAAAACGCCGCCUCAUACAUCCUCCGAUUCCCUGUCCGAAGAUGAUGAUGUGCCUGUGAAAAAGCAAAAAG